ACAAGCUCGCCUGUCUCAUGAGUCCACACCUUUGAUUUCCAAUUUAAAACAUACUUUGAAAGCUGAGUCAGUUUGUCAGUUGUUACCUGUUCAGUGUCAGAAAAUACUUAGUCUGAUAUCCUGUGACAGACAAAGAAGGAAACGGUUCUAAACAAAUAUCUUGUUAAGUUGCUCCUCGUCUAUUUGUCAGACAUGGAAGCAGCCACAUCCACCUUCCAGCAGUCUUUUGGUCUGGGCCCUCGGGGUCCAAACCCGCCAUAUGGAGGAUCUCAGCAGGCCCAGGGACCCCCUCAGCCGGCUCCGGGGCCUUCAGGAGCUCCACGUCCUGAGGAGCAGCACCACCACAAACCUUUCUUCUACAUCCAGCCCUCGCAGCCGUGCAUGCCCCUGCAGAGCAUGCAGUGGCCUGUACCGGUGCCCAUGCCUGUGUCCUACAACCCGUACUAUGGCUACCCUGGCAUGGGUUACAGCAUGCCCGUGAUGCCCCACUAUCAGCCCAAUCCGUACAUGGAGCCGCCUGGCUUCGUUCUACCCCACACCCACCUCCAUCUGAUGGACUACAGACGCAUGCUGAACCCCCAGUACUACCAGACCAUGGCCUACCACUCCCGCAGGUUCCGCUACCAGCACAACAGCCAGACGAGAGAGAUGACGAGCUCCGAGGUUCAAACCGAGCCGCUGUCUGCAGCCCAGCAGAGGACCAGCACUCCGGGUCCCAGUAACCUCGAGGCCCCUGUUGGUCUCGCGGUCCACAGCAGCGACAACCCUCCAAGUCAGCAGCUCUCACCGGCUGUGCAGCAGGGGGAUCAGUCUCUGGAGGUCAUGGCGCCCUCUUCCACAACAAGGACGCCACAGAAUGGCAGCUUUGUGAUCCAGACAGAAGAAGUGAGGAUUGAAUGCUGCACCACGCCCGUUGGACUGCAACUCCUGCACGCUCAUGAGACCGCAGGAGUGAGCCACCGCUUCUCCCAAGACGUGGUCCAGUGCAGCAGCUCUGUCCUCCAGGGCCGUGUGCUGCAGGACGAAGGGCCGCGCCCUCCUGCAGACCAGUCGGAGCAGGCGAUCCACGCCUGUCCCGACAUCCUGUUAGUCGGGACGCCAAACAACAAAAGUGAGAAGAUUCCUGCCCAGGAGGAGUCCAGGAGCCGGACGGAGCCUGUGACUGUCGUCUCAGACGUACCGGCUCAUGUGGACGUUCAGGAGACGAGCGCUGAGAAAGAUCCGACGUCCAAGAACUUCCGCUUCAAAGUCGUCCACCUGCCCUUCGACGCCAAGUAUCUGGACGAGCUGUGGAAGAUGGAAUCCACCGUCUGGUCGAUGGAGGAGACUUUGAUUCCUUCUCCUGAACCGUUGAUCCGGAAUGAUGAAACGGCAGCUGGUGUCGUCCCCUCGGUGGAUGUGCUGACGGCAAGAGACGAGGCUCAGACCGAAGAUGUGGUCCCUGUGAUUGAGGUGCCUCCUUUCGAAGAGGAUGAACUGGAGGACGUAGUCCCGACCAUGCAGGAGGUUCCUGAGGAUGAGGUGUUGUCUGAGGACGAUAUUUGCCCGAUGAUUGGUGACGAAGCUCAUUUGAAGGUGAUGACACACACAGAAGAUGUUUCUCCUGCACCUAAUUUGCUCUUGUUGGAUAAUUCCCCUCCGAUGGCAGAUAGAAACCAACACCGUGUCCAGGAUCACCAGGACACGUCGUUCGAAUCAUUGCCUGCCUACCUUCCUUCAACCAGCUGGCUUGCAGACUUCGAUAACGUCUACUGUUGCAGCAAGUUGCCACCGACUCCGAAGAAGCUGGUCCGACCUCCGAGCAGCCAGAGAGAGUUAGAGGUGCCGACGAGAAGAAGGAAACUAGACCUAGAGUACAAAGAACAGCCAACCGUUCGGAAGCCAAAAGAGCGGUACAAACCUAAAGGGAAGGUGGAUCGGCGUAGCCUCUCUGAUCACGAAUGCUGCCUCAACAGGAACUUCAGUGAGAAUGCAUUCGUCCCUUACGCGUCCAAGAGGGAGCGACUUUGCUCCAGAUGUUUGGCGAAGAGCGGGAUUUGCACAUCUGCCGGUCCAGGACUCGAUGGCCACACCUUGAAGAGAAAAGCUGCUCCUUUCCAAACGUGGAACGACUUACCGACAUGUGAAGCGUGUAAAUCUCACACCAUAAAUCGAGUCGUGAGAAAAGGCUCCGGCUCCGACGUCCGCGGCCACGACACCGAGGGAGAGUCGUCCGAGAACGGCUCGUGUCGCGUCGGCUCCAAGUGGAGGCCGGCCGAGCGCCCCAGGAGGCUCAACGACCUCAAGAGGCCGCUGGCGUCCAAACAGAACGUGGAGAAAUGCCCCGUGGUGGUGUACCCGAAGCUGAGGGAGAAGAACUGCGCGUGCAAUGAGCCGCAGCAGCAGUCUGUUGCACGGGAGAGGCUGCGGCACUGUCCCCACGGCAACGCCAUCCGAGAGAUGGACGAGAACUGCGCCAUGCCGGCUUCCCUGCAGGACAAAUGGAGGAUAAUGGAUCAGAUUUACCUCACACACAGAUGGCAAACUGAAAACUCAUGGAAAGCCAUGAUACCAAACCCCGACAGUGACGGCUCCAAGAAUGGAGCCAGAUCACCACGUUUUAAUAAACACAAGAAAUCACAACCACAAUCACAAGGAACUUGUAGAAAAGACACAAGAUGCUGAUUUGCACAAGAGCACGAUUCAACCAAGUGAAAAAACACUUUUUUAAAAGAUGAUUUGCACUUAAUUUAAAUUAUUUCCACUUAAAUGAAUCUUAUAAUAAAUCACAAUGUUCACUAUUUAUUCAUAUUAAAAUAAACACAUCUUUAUGGUA